UACUAAAUAGUUUAGCACAGAUUCACAGUGCAAUCUAUCAGUUUAAUAGACGGCUUAUUAAAAAAAAAAYAAUAGUAUGAAUUAUGUUUAUAUUAUUAAUAAGGUAUAAUUAAAUUAUAAUUGUUUUUGGAAAUCAUGACUGUUAGAAACAGUCAUUGGGUUGCACUUUUUUCUCAAUUAUUAGUUUUAUCUGCAAGUGUUAUUUUGUUUAUGAUUCCAAUUUAUCUACUCUGGAGUCACAUUACUUAUGAACAAAAUCAUUUAUCUAAUUAUAAGCCUCAUGUGGUAGCUUUAAUAUUGGCUCGGGGUGGUAGUAAAGGAAUACCCAGRAAAAAUUUAGCUAUUAUACAAAACACUACUCUCCUCCGAAGAUCUUUAGACACGAUUAAUGAUUGUGGAUUGUUUCAUGAUAUAUGGGUAUCAACAGAUGAUAAAGAAAUUGCUACUGAAGCUGAAUUAGCAGGUGCUAAAGUAUUUCACCGUAGUGCAGAAACAGCUUCAGAUGAAGCAACAUCACUUAGUGCUGUAAAAGAGUUUAGUAUGUACCAUCAAAAAGUGGAUAUUUUUGCCAUCAUUCAGUGUACCUCACCUUUUAUGACUGCUGAGUAUUUGACUAGAGCAUAUAAAAUGGCAGUUAAUCAGAAAUUUGAAUCUGUGUUUUCAGUAACACGAAGCCAUAAACUACGUUGGAAACUGGAUUCUGAUGGUCAGCUGCAGCCAUCAAACUUUGAUGCUACUAAAAGACCAAGAAGACAAGACUGGGAUGGAGAAUAUGUUGAAAAUGGCAUGUUUUAUUUUGCACAUAAGAACCUUAUUGUAAAUAAUAAGCUCCAGGGAGGGAAGUUAGGAGUAGUUGUCAUACCAAUGAAUAGAAGUUUAGAAAUUGACACACAAUUUGAUUUGCAGGCUGCUCGUCUU